AUCUGGGUUUGAGGCUCGAGUAUUCGGAUAUACCUUCUUCAUAGACAUGACGACCGUUUUUACAAACGGGCGCGUCUAUGCCCCCACCAACGGCGACGAGUUUGUCUCUGCUUUCGUCGUUACCGACGAGUACAUCACCCAUGUUGGACAAAGUGACGAUGAUGAAGUCAGACAUGCCGUGUCCAACGGUGGCAACGUGGUGGAUCUAGAUGGGACGAUUGUGGUCCCGGGUUUUAUCGAUGCGCAUGUUCAUCUGCUUCAAUUUGGGUUGGCGUUGCGCAAGUUGAAUGUCCAGUCGUGUCAAUCGUUGCAGUCGAUUCGGGAUGCUAUUGCACAGUAUGCCAAAGAUAAUCCACAGCUGAGUCGCAUUUUAUGUCGUGGUUGGAUACCGACUCUUGGGGAGCAGCCACUGGCUAUACAUCUCGACGACCUGGACGAACAGAACCGUCCCAUCUUCAUCGAAGCAGGUGACUUUCACUCUUCUUGGUUGAAUACAUCUGCUCUCGACGAGCUGGAUCUAGAUAAUCGACAGAUCCCCUCUGGAGGAACAGUACAUCGCGAUGAAAAUGGAAGACCAUCCGGCCUACUCAGCGAAGAAGCAUCGCUACUCAUAUCCUCCCCCUUCAUCGUCCAAGUGGCUCCUAUCAAUGAGAAGAUGCUCGCCAUCCACGAAGCCGUCACAGCAUACAUUUCCACCGGCGUCACAGGCGUCGUGGAUAUGGCCAUGGACGAAUCAACCUGGGAUGCACUAUGCCACUAUCGCCAAGAAUACGGCUUCCCGUUCCACAUCGCCAUGCACUGGCUGAUUCCACAUUCAGAAGAUAAGAAAAAGAACUUCACACACGUCAACCGGGCAAUCGAGCUCCAGGAACAGGGCUACCAUCCAUCCACUUCUCCAGAUUUCUGUAUAGCCGGUAUCAAAAUCCUCAGCGAUGGCGUUAUCGACACCUGCACCGCUGCUCUGAAACAGCCAUACACCAACGAAACACGCCUCGUCCCAACGAUCUGGUCAGCCAACGCCCUCAACGAGGUAGUGGAAUACGCCGACUCUGUGGGCGUACAAGUCGCCAUCCACGCCAUCGGCGAUCAAGCCGUGCAUCAAGCCAUCAACGCCGUAGAAGCAGGUGGUACGCCCGGUCGACGACACCGGAUUGAACAUCUCGAACUCACCAGUCCAGAGGACGCAAAGCGAUUAGGUGAAUUGGGCAUCACGGCUUCUGUUCAACCAGUCCACUCAGAUCCUGUCUGGUCGACGAAAUGGCCGGAUAUCAUCGGCGAAGACAGACAUAAACGAACAUUUGCGUAUAAAGAUUUCCUAGACGGCGGUGCUCGUCUUGCGUUUGGGACAGAUGUACCGACUGCUCCUCACUUGACGUUACCGAAUAUGUAUAUUUCCAUGACGCGACGGUCUGCGUUUGAUCCAUCCAGUCCGUUGAUGAAUAACCCGCAUUUCGCGUUGCCGUUGGCUGCCGCUGUUACUGCCGCCACAUCCGGGGCUGCCGAGGCACGGUUUGCCGAAAAGUGGACGGGAAGCUUGAAAAGGGGCUUAAGAGCUGAUUUUGUAUUGUUAGAUAUGGAGUGGAACAAGGAGGAUUUCAUCAAAGGAAAGGUAUUAGAGACAUGGUCGAGGGGGAAGAUGGUAUACAAGGUUUAGAAUAGCGAUUGAA